AUGAAGGAGAAUGGCAGCCGGAAACAGGGCGCGCCCUCACCCUGCGCAGCAUGCAAGCUUCUGAGGAGGAGGUGUGCGCAGGAUUGUGUGUUUGCUCCCUAUUUUCCUGCUGAUGAACCCCAGAAGUUUGCCAAUGUUCACAAAGUGUUUGGUGCCAGCAAUGUCAACAAGAUGUUACAGGAGCUGCCAGAGCACCAGCGUGGAGAUGCAGUCAGCAGCAUGGUGUAUGAGGCAAAUGCCAGGGUGCGAGACCCAGUUUAUGGGUGCGUAGGGGCAAUUUCGUCUUUGCAGCAACAAAUUGAUUUGCUCCAGACCCAACUGGCUCUGGCUCAGGCAGAGGUGGUGCACCUUAGGGUUAGGCAGACUGCAUCUUUCUCCAACCAUGGGCUGAGCCCGGCUAGCCCAAGUAACAGCGGCUCGCCGUCUUCCAAGUUCAUGGGCUCUCAAGCCCGGCCCAUUUUCGACAUGGAUAUGAUGGUGGACCAUACCAGCUUGGGACUGGGAGAGUCCAUGUGGUCAUGCUAA